CGCAAGAGCAGGCGUCUGGGCAGGCAAGGCUGGGAGCUCUAAGAACCACAUUGGAGGCAGGGGCGGAGGAGGAAAGUGGAUUAUUACAAGGUCGUUGGUUUUUCACCGAUCAUUGCUUCUAGGGAUUUACAUGGAGAGGUAAAUCAGCAGCAUGAAGUGCAGACCCGUAGUGAUGUUUGUACCCCCAGCUUUGGAAUUUCUUUUGUUUUUAUGCACAAUUGGAUUAUCAGAAGCUGCACCUCGCAUCAACGCCAAGGAUGCUUCGCCUGCCGAGAGGCACCCUCGUGCUGUCUCCGAGACCACCUCGGAACUGCAAAACACCUCAAUGCCCAACCACUUACCUGAGGAGAAAUUCGGAGAUGGCACGAUAGCUGUGCUAACGCCAGCUACCGCCACGACUGUGGCAACACGGACGUCUGUCAGUACAGUACAACCUGCAACCACCAUAACAUUAAGCGCCACCACCGCACCCCUCAAAACAGUGGAACCUAUUACCAAAACGAGAGACGCUGCAGCAAACACAAAGCCGAGAACUGAAACUGAUUCGGUUCUCACAACCUACAUCGAGUCAUCCACUUUGUUGUCAACUACUGCUCUUUCCACAGUAGAAACGCAACAGACCAAGGUAUCAUCGGUGACCAAUUCAUGGUUUACGGAAGACAGCGCUCCGCCAAUUGUCACCACCACCGAGAGUGGGCAAGAGCUCUCAUGUAACUGCAGUGGUGAGGGGGUUCAGGACCCAUACGAGUGUGAUGGGGCGACAGGCCAGUGCUCCUGCCUGUCGGGGUACACAGGCCUGCAGUGUGAGGACUGUGAGGAGGGGCACUUCUCCAAUGGCUCCACCGGCUGUCUGCCCUGCGGCUGCGAUUCCUAUGGUGCCAUCGACGAUCACUGUGACAGCUCCGGGGCUUGCACAUGUAAGCCUGGUGUGUUUGGACCCAAGUGUGAUGACUGCCACCCAGGAUUCUUCCGAUUCAGCAGCACCGGAUGCCAGCCCUGCCAGUGCAACAACCACUCCAAUGACUGCCACCCACAGUCAGGCAUCUGCCUGGACUGCCAAGGCAACACGGAAGGACCCAACUGUCAGGAAUGCAGGAAAGGUUUCUACAGGAGACUGGGUGCUGCCCCGACGGACACCUGCCUCGCCUGCCCCUGCUCCAACGUCACCUCCACAGGCAGCUGCUACGUCGACUCCAGCGGGCACCCGGUCUGUGACGAGUGCAAGCCGGAGUACCAGGGUCUGACCUGCAACGUGUGCAGGGAUGGGUUCUACAGUUUGGACGGCGUCUGCCUGCGCUGCGAGUGUAACGGAAACGCUGACCCCCUGGCCCUGCCUCGCCUGUGCCACCCGGAAACGGGCCACUGCCUGAGCUGCACCAACAACACCGCCGGGCCACACUGCGAGGUCUGCGCCCCGGGCUUCUCCGGGGACGCCCUCACCCACACCUGCACCCCCACAGCAGUGAGGGUCCUCCCCACGGUUGAGCUCAGGACAACGACCACCAGCCCGACUACGCCCCCUAGUGGCAGCACCAUGGCCUCCACCACGGCCAACUCCACCAGGCAUAUGACCACCCCCACCACCCAGACCCUGCUGACCAGCCUGAACAGCCCCACGGACAACACCACGGCAACCAUCUCCGAGGUGUCCUGGACACAGUUCAACGUCAUCAUCUUAGCCGUCAUCAUCGUGGUGGUGGUGCUGCUCAUGGGCGUGGCGGGCGGGGUCUACACCUACAGGGAGUAUCAGAACCGCAAGCUCAAUGCCCCCUUCUGGACCAUCGAGCUGAAGGAGGACAACAUCAGCUUCAGCAGCUACCACGACAGCAUCCCCAAUGCUGACGUCUCGGGCCUGCUGGAGGACGAGGCCAGCGAGGCGGCACCUAACGGCCAGCUGGCCCUCACCACGCCCAUCAACAUGUAUAAGCCUUAGGACAUGCCCCUGAAGAUGCACCCAGACCAAGUCCCUGGCCACGCCCCACCCAGGACACUGAGCAGCUGGGCGAGAGGGCAGAAUGCACAGGGUCACCUGGUCAUGGAAAACAUGGACACAAAGAGAGCAGGGAACAUGGCCACUUUGUAAAAAAGAAAAAAAAACAUUCAAAACCAAGGAAAAAAUGUUGUGGAUGUUGGGGAAAGUGGUAAAAUAUGUGCAGACAAAGAGCCUAAAAAGUGGGGCUUUUGACAUUGUUAGGGUGGCAUUUCAUGUGCUGUGUUAUGUAACAGGAGCGUGAUAGAAACAUGGAGAGGACUCCGUCGAGAACAGAGACAGGGUGAGGCAUCAAGUUUGGCAAUGAUGGGAAGAGCCGUUGCGUAAUGAGGAACUGCUAUGGUAUGAGGAGCCACUUUUGAAUACAACCCUUUCGUAAAAGGAAGAUGUCUAGGCUGAGCAUGAUGCAACAGGAUCCCACAGAGUCAGACAGAUGCUGCACCCCUCAUCUGAUCAUCUGUCCCAGAUGAAUGAGUCAAAUCAACAGCACAACCACUCAGAGCCCGUCUGUACAGUGUGUCUGUGAAUUCAGGAGACAGGAGAUCAUGUUUCCUGAACAAGACACAUGUGCAUGUUCAUGCACGCUCAUACACACACUCGCGUACAUACGUACUCCCCCACACACUCACACACACGCAUAUGCUCUCACACACACUCGCACACUCAUUCACACACAAAUACACACAAACACACACAUAUGGGAAAGAGGCAAUAAACAGAGACAUAAGCCAUAAAAGGGCAGAAGCAGGAGAUAACUGACCACAAACACACAGCAGUUACAUUAUGAACAGACUUGUUCUUAGGAGUGCUUUUCCUCCCAGACUUCAAAUAUUCAGAAGACAGUAACAGAUAAAAUGAAAGACAAAUAACAAACAAUAAAAAGUAGCAACAGACUGAUGCUCAAUGCAGCGCUGGACUUUUGGCUCCAGUGAUAAAGAGAUGAUCACUACAAGAUGAAUCACAGGUCUUGCAGAGGAGUUGGAGAUCACGUAGCUCUGUGAGACAUACAUGUCCUUCAGGAAGACCCAUUCACAAAGAGUUAAAACUCUUCAACUUGAAUUGAGAGAGAGUGCCAUUUAGUUAUUAUUAUUAUUAUUAUUAUU